GGUCUCCUAGCCGAGCAACUUUAGAUGUGACACAAAACAAUCUCAGCAGUAGCAGAUGGAUGAGUGGUAAAAUCCAGGCUUACUGUCAUAAUUGUGGGGUCGAUGUCUUUUAUGUAUAUGUGUUAAUUCCUCUACCAGGCUCCAUUUAAAGAAGCCAACAGUUGUCUUUUGUGGUUUCAUAAAGAGGCAACAGCCGUAAGAUUAGCUAGCAUGCUAACAUGAUGCUUAGCCCUUCAGACGGGUUACCAGACGACCAAAGGUCUAUGUAUAGUCAGUCUCAGAGUAACGUAUACACGAGUGGAGACAAAACAAGUCCCAUCAGCGUUAUCCUGGUCAGCUCUGGCAGCAGAGGCAACAAACUUCUGUUUCGCUACCCAUUCCAAAAAGUCGCUGAAAGUCCGUCUUCUCUCACAGCAAAACAGCGGAAUCCGUAUGCACUAAACACAACUGUGGACACGCUGGAGGAUCAGGAUGGAGAUUCCAGGGAGCAAUCUCCUCUUACUGACGAACAGUUGGUAGCAGGGUUCUCGGACAUCAUCCUCGCCACAAUCCUGGCCACCAAGUCCGACAUGUGCGGAAAGAAGUUUGAACUGAAGAUCGACAACGUUCGAUUUGUGGGCCACCCGACCCUUCUUCAGCAUUCUCCCAUCAUGCAGGUUUCUAAAACGGAUCCUUCGCCUAAGAGAGAGUUGCCGACUAUGAUCCUUUUUAAUGUGGUGUUUGCUCUGAGGGCAAACGCCGACCCGUCAGUCAUCAGCUGCAUGCACAACCUGUCGCGGCGCAUCGCCAUCGCUCUGCAGCACGAGGAGCACCGUUGUCAGUACCUGACCCGCGAAGCAAAACUCAUGCUUUCUGUUCAAGAUGAGAUCACCACCAUGACUGACACAGAUGGCAGCCCCAAGUCCCCGUUUAGGCAAAUUCUUCCAAAAUGUAAGCUAGCCAGGGAUUUGAAGGUGGCUUAUGACAGCCUUUGUACAACCGGCGUGGUGCGGCUUCAUAUCAACAACUGGCUGGAAGUUAGCUUCUGUUUGCCGCAUAAGAUCCACAGGAUUGGUGGAAACUAUUUCCCACCUGAAGCUUUAGAGCAGAGUUUGAAGGCCAUACGGCCUUAUCAUGCGCUGCUGCUGCUGGAGAGCGAGAAAGCCCUCCUCAGCCAGCUUCCACUGGACUGCUCGCCGGCGAUGGUGCGUUUGAUAAAAACCUGCUCAGCGGUGAAAAACCUGCAGCAGCUCGCGCAGGAUGCUGACCUGGCCUUACUUCAGAUCUUUCAGAUUGCUGCUCACUUGGUUUAUUGGGGCAAAGCUAUUAUCAUCUACCCUCUGUGUGAGAAUAACGUAUACAUGCUGUCUCCUCAUGCCAACAUCUGCAUAUAUUCUUCAUUGGCUGAGGAGUUUUCCCAACAGUUUCCUGGCAAUAAUUUGCCCUGCAUGUUAGCCAAGUUCUCUCUGCCUGUCUCUUUGGCCGAGUUCAGGAACCCACUCGAAACUCCUGCUCAGGAGGCCCAGUUAAUUCAGAUGGUGGUGUGGAUGCUCCAACACCGCUUACUCAUCCAGCUGCACACAUAUGUCUGCCUGCUGGUACCACCCAGCGAGGACGAGCCUGGAAUGAAGGAUGAAGAACUUCCUCUGGCAGCCCGAGUAGGGAGCCGGAGCCUCAGCACCCCGAGCGCCCUCAGUUUUGGUUCCCCCACCAGCAGCGAUGACAUGACUCUCACCAGUCCCAGCAUGGACAACUCCAGCGCAGAGCUGCAGCCUGGUGGAGACUCGCCGCUCAACAAACGGAUGACGGAAACUUUACUUACAAGCCUGUCGGAGUACGAGCGGCAGGUUAUUCUGAACAUCCCUGCUGCUCAGAACCCAGAGGAUCUGCGGAUGUUUGCCAGGCUGCUCCACUAUUUCCGGGGACAUCACCAUCUGGAGGAAAUCAUGUACAACGAGAACAUGAGGCGCUCGCAGCUCAAAACGCUGUUUGACAAGUUCCGCAGCGUCCUCGUGGUGACAAACCACGAGGAUCCCAUCAUUUCCAUCUUCCAGUCGCCCAUGGAGUAGCGACACGGAGAAAAGCGUGGGUGGGGUUGAUUCCCGUCCUCCAAACGGAAUUUUUGUUUUUUCCAACCAACAUUUUACAUCAAACUCAAACGACGACUGCCUUAAAGUGUGCGAAUUUACUCAAAUCGAAAAAGUAUUUUUCUUUUCCUCGAGACAAAUGUUUGUUUACAAUAAAUUAUUUUGUACAUAAAAGGAAUUGCAUUAUUGAAGAUGAUGACAUCCCCUACAGAAAGAGCUUAUGCUGUGUCGUCUGUGAAGGUUACAGAGCAGCGGAGAGUAAUGAUCAUACCAGGCCUGCAGCUACUUCUCUUUGGGAAUCCCAAAGGUGCUGAGGAAGAGGAAGAGGAGGAGGAGUCCAAACAUCAAAGAGGCUUGAUUUUGCUCUGAGAAAAGCAGAAAUGUCCAAACAUCUGUGAAAUUGAUGAGGAGGACCCUGGAGUGUAAAUGUUAGAUGAUUAUGUGCAUUCCUGAUUCCGAUUUGUUCAACUUUUUAUUGUAAUCUAUUACAAUUGUAACUGUUUUUUUAUGUUUAAAACUGUCUGGCUUUCACUUAUAAAUGAAACAACUGGGAGAGUAGUUUCA